CAUUGAUUAAUUGGCGGACCAUGGAUUUGGCGCGCGGUCGCUAAAUCCAUGGAUGAUGGGAGGUGCCCUCCCCAAAAUGCGGCCGGUGCCGCCUCGCUCGGCGGCGGAAAUCUGCGAUUUCCCAUAGAAACGGGACCGGUCGCUAACCCACGCCCCCUCGAUCCAUGUUCGCGUUCGACUGAACUUCGUCCUGCACAAGGCGGGGGAAGCGGAGUGGCGAGCAAGCAGGCCGAGAAGCCCGCCAGCGAUCCCUGUGGCACGGGCCGCCCUGACAUACAGGAUGUCUUCGACAGGAAGAUCGACGACCUCAACAGGCCCAAGCGGGAGUACCUGGAGCUGGACUGGCUGGACCACCGGGCCGAGCUGCUUCGGCAGCGGUGCACCAUCGCCUGGGGCGACCUUCCCUGCGGCAUCCCCGGCGGCGC